AUGGAAGAAUUUAAAGAUAAAUUUGAAAAGGUAAACGGAGUGAAGAAAAAAGAAAGAAGUUACUCUAAAGAGUAUGACAGAUUAAAUAAAAUAAUUAAACGAGGAAAAGCAUCUCCCGAUGAACUUAGAUUAGCAAAGAUCAAAAGAAGCUUACUGCCAUCAAAGGAUCCCAUGGACCCAGACUUCAAAAGGUUGAUGUAUGUAAGAUACGCUGAUGAUUUCGUUAUUCUAAUAAUUGGUUCCAAAAAGGAUGCAGAAAAUAUCAAGCUAAAAAUAGCUGAAGUACUUUUUGUCAGAUGUAAGGCCUCAUUAAAUAUGGAAAAAACUGUUAUAACUCAUAUUAGAGAUGGAUUUGAUUUUCUAGGUGCUAAUAUCCGUAAACUGGAUAACAGAGUCUAUAAAGUUAAAUCUGUAACCAAAUCUGGUAAAUCAUAUGCCAGAAAGGUACCACUUAAAUUAUUCGUCACUGCGCCUAUCUCCAAAAUAAUCGAUAAAUUAAUCACUCGUGGCUUCGCAAAAAGAAAUCACAAAAACAAAGUGAUUGCUACUGGUAUUCCACGGUUAAUUUUAAAAGACCACUACAGUAUAAUUCAAUAUUAUAACUUCAUUAUCAGAGGUCUUCUAAAUUUCUUCUCAUUUGCUGGGAACUAUUCAAGUUUACACAGAGUAUUCUGA